UGUAAACUUCCGGUAAGUUUCGUGAGCUCUCGUGAGCUGGCUUGUAACAUGAAGCGUUCCACAGAAAGUAGAUAGUCAGUCAAAAGUGAAAUCAAUUAAUUUUAUUCAGAACUAUUUGUAAACGCUUAAUAGACCUGAACUGUAUGGGUUUUCGUUUAUUUGAACUUGAAAAUAUCCAUUCUGCAGACCUAUUUUAGUUUGACGGAUGAUGCCGGCCUCGAGUGAAACAGAAAAUAUGGAGGUUAUUGCCUCUGAUGUAGAUACAGGUUCUGCAGAAAUAGACUUGUCAUCUCGUGACCUUCAGAGUUUGCCAGAGGACAUUCUCACCAGCUCAUCGUCCCAGGUCACACAGCUUCUUCUUGACUACAACGACCUUGAGUCAUUGCCUGAACAUUUUUCUAAAUACUUCCCCAAUUUGGAAGUGCUCUCUCUAACAGGAAAUGAAAUCACCAGUUUGCCUGUUUUUACUGGUUGUGUAAGCUGUUUAAGGGAGUUGUAUUUUAAUGAAAAUUGUGUGACCGAAUUGUGUGAGUCAAUAUGUGGAUUAACAAAUCUUCAGGUACUCAAGGCAACAGGAAAUAGUCUCCAAGCAUUACCAGAAAACAUUGGUGAACUCCGAAAUCUGCAAACAUUAUGCCUGGACGACAACAAGUUGGAAAGUCUUCCAAGCACAUUAGGUUUGUUGGAAAGUUUAGAAAUACUUGAAUUGGAAGAGAAUAAAAUAGAUCAUGUAAAUGAUGGAAUCGGGCGGCUGAAAUGUUUACGCAUCCUUAAUAUGUGCAACAACAAACUAAAAGCAAUUCCAGAAAUGUUAGGGGACUUAAACAAUCUGGAAGCUGUGGAUUUGUCUGGGAAUUUCCUUAAAUUUCUACCAUCUCACUUCAACUCUGCUUGCAGAUUAAAAAAGUUGUACGCUGAUAGAAAUCAGUUGGCAGAAAUGCCUGACUGGAUAGAAGAUCUCUAUGAAGCUGUUGAACUUUCUUUGAAGGACAAUAAAUUCCACAAUGAGCCAUUCUCUGACAGAUUUGGAGAAAACUGCAAAAAGCUCAAACUGCUUGACUUUGGAGGAAACUUUAUGACAAAACUGCCAGAUUCCAUUGGUAAACUUAGAAGUUUGGAAAAGUUUUUUCUUGGAAGUGUGAUAGAUGAACUUGAAAGGUGGGCCUUCCAGAAUGGCAACUGGCUGAGUUAUUUACCAAAUAGCAUUGGAGAUUUAGCUAACCUUAAAGAAAUCCAUUUAAAUGAAAAUUUGUUUCAAGCACUACCAGAAGAGUUUGGUAACUUGGCAUGCCUUGAAUUUCUUGAUCUGGGUCAGAAUCUCUUAAGUGAUUUGCCGGAAUCAUUUGGAAAUUUGAAGUCUCUGAAGUUUUGUCAGCUGUCAAAAAACAAGCUUCAACUUCUCCCAAGUUCCUUUGGAAAUCUGACUGCAUUACAGGACCUAAGGCUGGACAACAAUCUGUUGGAGGAGCUGCCAGAAUCAUUCAGUGGACUGAUCAAUCUCAAUACUCUGGACUUAUUCAACAACAAGCUCUCGGAAAUCCCUACAGCUAUAGAAUAUUUCACCAAACUUAUCCGUUUGGAUUUGAACGAGAACAAGCUGUCCAUUCCUUGGCAGGAGGUUCCCACCUUGAGAAAGAAGACCAUCUACGCCAAACGUGACCCAAACCUAAGAAACAACUGGCGUGGGCGACCCCGUCAGGAUCUCCUCGUUCAUGAUGAUGACAUUAAGAGUCUAGCUGACAAGGUCUCUUUGAUGGAGAGGGAAGAAGACGAGAGUGAGGAAGAGGAUGAUCAAACCGCUAACAAUGGUUACUCUCAGGAUCUGUACAGACGAGCGGCUGAGCUAAACCUCUGUUCCUCAAUCUGGCGAAGUCACACUGGUCCCCAGAAACGAGAGAAAUAUGUCCAUCAAUAUGACAGAGGACACAUACCAUACAGCUCAAAGACCUCAGAGGAGAUUGACGAAGCAAGUAGUGACAGCAAAAGUGAGGAAUUCAAUGGAGAUGAUAACUUUGAGCCACCACUUUUCUUUCCCAAAACAAGAAAACAUGGGAAUCAAGAGGAUCCAGUCUCGAAGGUACCAGAACCAGUACCAGGGGAAGGUCCAGAGGUCCCAUCGGAACCUGUGGAAGAUUGGGAUGCAGAGAUUGAAGAAAUACAAACAGAAAAUCCAUAUGACGACUUCAACAACAUAUACCAGCACCCACGUCCAAAAACUUUGGCUGAGGCUGGCUAUGAGGUGGAUGAACAUUUAUUUCUGCCUUACGACAUCCACACAGAACCAAUAAUCAAAUACCAGGUAGCCUUCGCAGCAGAGACAGGACAGUUUGAUGAUGCUGAUGAAGACGAAGAAGAAUGAUUUUGCCGUAAAAUAUCAGAUGAUACUUCCGACUGGGUGUAAUUCUAUAGCGGGUCUGUUAUCUAAGCAAAUGAAGCAAUACAUUGCAACUUAUACCAUGUCACCUGAUGGUGACCUUGAAGGUCACUUGAAUUUCAAGGUCAGUACCAAAUAAUAGGACACAAAGAUAAAAGAUGUGUACAGCACAGCGGAAUGUGUUGUAAGACUGUUACAAUAUUUGAUGAAUAGAGUGAAAGUAAAAUACUCCCUGUAAGCUUAUAAAUUUUAUGUGUUUAUUCAACAUCCUUCUGGAAUAUGGAAGUCAUACAAUGUUUGUGAAUUGGUGUAUUUCUCUAAAUUAAUUUUAAUUUCAACCAUUUUUGUUGUAAUGAUAUAGACCCAAGUUUAAGGGCACAAAUGAGAAUUUUAUGCCUAAAUAUAAAUUGUAUAAUGUUGAUUUUUUAUUGGAUUUCCAAUCAAAUUGAUUCUUACAAUAUACAUGUAUACAAAUUCAUUCAUUUUUUUUUGUGCCAAAAACAUAUACGUGUAUAAAACCCUGUGCCAGUACAUAUUUACUUACGGAGAUUGUGAUAUCACUAGCUGAAGGAUUCUCAUUUAUAAGGAUUUUUUUGUACAAAUAUAAGACCAGUUUCUGUGGUUAUUCUAAGGAUUUCUCAGGAAUUUCACAGCAAAUAGUGAUUGUUAAACUUCUUAUUGUUGAUUCAGUUUAGAAAAGAAAUGAUUUCGUCACCAUUUCAUUCGAUGCAAUUAUCAACAAUGAAAACAAUUUGAAAGUAGAAAUAUUUGGUCUUCUUGGAAGCUGUUUUAAUAAGUAGACAAAGUCUGUAAAUAUUAAUAUUUGUCAUUGUCUUGAACAAAUUUCCAAAUGAAGUAUAUUCACUGUUUUUCUAUGAGGCACUUUGUGUGGUCAAUUAGUUGUUGAAUUCCUAAAAUAAACAGUUUAAUUGACCAUUCCUUACAUCAAAGUCACACUUGUUCUUUUCACAAUGAUCAAAGAGUAAUGGUAACUGCUAUAGCACCUUGCUGAAUGUUUGUAAAAAAAACAAGAUUUUACUUCCAUAACUCAAUAUACAAAUUUAGCUUUUUAAUGUUUUUUAUCGUAAUUAAGUCAUGGGUUUUAAUACAUAAGAAAGCCUAAGGAUAAUUAUAUACUAUCUCCUUCUGAAAAAUCACCUCAAAAUGUCUCCAUUUAAUUAUUCAAAUGAUAAUUAAUGCAAAACAUAAUUCAACUACUCCUGCAGUAAAGGAUAUAUAACAUAGUAGGCUGUUAUGAAAAAUAUGAAUGAUUCAAGUAUUGUUGCGUUGAUAUUGUAAUAAAGGAAAUUAUACAAUUAUUUAUUAUACUAAUUUGUAAAUCAAUGUUUCCACAAAUAUUUGUGAUAAAAAAGCCAAUUUUUACAUAAAAUGUCUCAUGAAUUUUUUGCAGCAUUUCAAUAAUUCAUAUGAAAGAAUUGUUUAUAGAGAUUGUAAACACACAAGGGAUUUUUAUCAAAUUUUACGUUCAUUUUUUUAUUUGAUGAGAAAUGAGGUUGGGGACCUGCUUUUCAAUCUUUAGUGUGUACUUUUAUAUUACAGUUGUAAUUCACUGUUUUGGACUUAUUCUUAGGUUGUUAUAUCCCACACCAUGUCUCGGGUAUGAUUUUACAGUGGGAUCUGUCCAAUUCGCAAUGAAGGAAAUAUUUUAACAAUUACAAUCUUUUAUCGUAAACAGUUAAGUUUAUUGCUAUUAAUUCAAAAUUAAUUGAAAAUAAUGAUAGUUAUAUUUUGAUCUAGCAGUAUAGAUUCAUUAGAACACUAUCCCAUUGAAUCUGAUUACUAUAUGCCAAAGAGAAAGUACAGAUAUGGUCAGGUAUCUAACAGUCCUUUAGUUAUGUUAUUUAUUUCUGACAGAAAUUUUACCUUUGUGACAUUGUUUGAUUAAGGGUCCUGCUAAAGCUCUGGUGGUAUGGUUAGUACACUCAAGCUCUGAAACACUUCUCAUAUAGUGGCAUUGGUGACAGGAGGAGAGAAUGAUAAUCUGACUUGAAAAAGUUUCUUCAACAGUCAAAGGUUUCAUAAAAAUAGAUGAUAUAAGAUAAUAUAUACUUCAUGACUUAUUGGAGAACAAAUAUUUUCAUAACAAAAUUACAGCUCUGGUUUUCAAUUCAUAUGACAUCACACUAUUGUACCCCUACAACAAAGUUUGGAAUCACACUGAAAUCAGUGUGUUGCUAGGCAUGUAUUAUCCUACUGUGAAGUUCGCUUUAUAUGGACUUGUUUUUUGUAAAUUCAGCAUUAUUGUGAUGUGAUAUGAAGCUGUAAAUAGUUGAUUUUUUUCUGAUAAAACACAAUUUAAGAGGAGUUGAUGUCCUCUGCUGGCUAUACUUGACUACUUACCGUUAUGUAUUUAUCAAUUCAGGGACAGAUUUCUUCAAAAUUUUGGGUAUCAAUACAAAUAUAUGUAAACCUGUGUGUAAUAGGUGAGAAUUUUGCUGGUUAUUGGAAUUGUAUUUUAUUUUGCAAUCUGCUUCUGUACGUCCCUUGGUGCAAAAUUUCUGGGAAUGAUAAUAUAUGGUAUGAGCCUAUUAAACUUUUCUGUUUAAGUCCUUGGGAGGUGUUGGGCUAUAUAUCAUUUACAAUUAUAGAUGCCAUUAUUCAUAAGGGGUCCGUCAUCAGUUACAAAAUGUACUAUAAUAGAUUGUCAGCUUAAUGUGGAAAUGCAUUGAUCAAUUAUGAAUAUCUGAUGAUUUUCUCAUGUUCUAUCCGGCAGGUUUGUCAAAUUCUACACCUGUGAAUAACUUGUUGUUCCUAUAUAAUUAUGUAAGCCGUACAACAGGUUGUCAUUCUUACAUGAUUUCUUACAGAUUUGUACAAACACAUUGUUUUCAUAAGGAGAAAAUUGUUGAACUUAUAUAAUUCUACUUAAUUCAAUAAUUCUGCAAAAAUCAGCAUAGGAAUAUCCGGCUCAUAUAGAAAAAGAUGAAUAAAAUGCUUUAAUUUUUGAAGUGUUUGUAAGUAACAAUUCUAAUCAUCAAUUGAUAAUCAUCCAUCUGGCACACCUUGUUCCUAGCCUACUGAUGAUCAGUUAAUAUUUUAAUCAGAUUUUCCAUGACUAGUUUUCACAAUUUAACCAUUUAUAAGACGAUAUUAGUAAUGAAUUUAUAUAAAUAAUCAACACAACAUUUCUAACAUCACAAAUAGCACAAGUUUUUGUGUGGACAAACAUGUACAUAACACGGAAAAUAUGUGCUGUUUGAGAUGUCAUAUUAAGAUAGUGUGGUAUUGCAUUUAUUACUUACCUACAAUUAUAUUUAUAGGCAUAAUAUGUUUUCUGCUAAGCAUUACUUAUCUUUACCUCUUUUUGAUUUGUUUUUAAAAAACAUUUCAGCCAGUUAUUUUUAUUUUAUGUAAAUUCUACAGAUGAUAAGCUCAUGUAGAUAUAUCUAUCGAUCCCUUGGUUAAUUAAUCACAGAUAAAGGAAGUUUCUUGAAAUAAGUUUAUAGUAUAGGGACGAAUUCCCCUGUAACUAGUAACUACGUGUCCCCCCCCCCC